AUGAAACUAACAUUGGAGGAGAGAUUAGGGAAAACGGACGAUUCGAAUCGAUUGGCAAAGAAACUUCUAGAAGACUUGCGACCCAGACACGUAAACCAUAGUUCUUCUCCUCUCAUCUCUUGCCUUGUGAUCGGACUCUCGACGUUUCUGCUGUGCCCAGAGAGUUUAUGGAGCCACUCAAUCUCAUCUCUAAAUAGGUAG